AUGGCAGAAGAUACUCCCAACCCUGACAACAGUACAACUGCUUCAAAACCGAAAUCAAAAAAAUAUCGAAAAGAUAAACCAUGGGAUAACGAGGAUAUCGAUCAUUGGAAAAUAGAACCUUUUACACAAGAGGACAAUCCCCUGCCUUUCACAGAGGAAUCGUCAUUUGCAACUUUGUUCCCAAAAUAUAGAGAAAACUAUUUGAAAGAAGUAUGGCCACACGUUACUAAAGCUUUGGAAAAACUGGGUAUAAAAUGUCUGUUGGAUUUAAUUGAAGGUAGUAUGACAGUAAAAACUACAAGGAAAACGUUCGAUCCCUAUAUAAUACUUAAAGCUCGUGACCUCAUCAAACUUUUGGCUAGAAGUGUUCCAUUUCCACAGGCAGUUAAAAUCCUCGAUGACGGAGUAGCAUGUGACAUUAUAAAAAUUGGUAGUAUUAUAAGGAAUAAGGAACGCUUUGUAAAACGAAGGCAAAGGUUGAUUGGCCCGGAUGGUUCAACGUUAAAGGCAGUAGAAUUAUUGACUCAAUGUUAUGUUAUGGUCCAAGGUAACACUGUGUCCGCUAUGGGACCUUACAAGGGAUUGAAAGAAGUGCGAAGAAUCGUGAUUGAUUGUUUAAAGAAUAUUCAUCCCAUUUACCACAUCAAAGAAUUAAUGAUAAAAAGAGAACUUUCCAAGGACCCCAAGUUAAAGAACGAAUCUUGGGAUCGUUUCUUGCCUCAUUUCAAAAAACAGAACAUUAAAAGACCCAAAAAACAAAAUAUUAAGAAGAAAGAAUACACACCUUUUCCUCCUCCACAAACCCCUAGCAAGAUUGACUUGCAAUUAGAGUCCGGAGAAUAUUUUCUCAAACCUCAAGAGAAAAUUGCGCAUGAAAUGGAAAAGAAGAAGGAAAAACAAAAAGAAAACGCCUUAAAACGUAAGGCAGAAAGGGAAAAAGCAUUCGUUCCCCCG